UGUCUAUAUUUAAUACUUCAUGCAUGUGUCCAAACAUUCGAUGUGACAGGGUGAAAAAACUUGCCAGGGGAACUAAACAGGCCCUAAGAUUUUUUUUGUCUUUCCCUAUUGUCCCAAAAUAAGUUAUUUUUGAGCAACCAUUGUACCGAAGUUUGUGAAAAUAGGGGAUAAAUGUAUUGGGAAUAGAUAGAGAGCAAUAAUUGCAUUGGGGUUUGAUAAAAUGAGGAUAUUGUAGUCUUUUUUUUAUAUUGGUAUAUGUGGGAUAUGUGAAAAAUAAACUUAUUUGAGACAUAACUACUACCUUCGUCCAAAAUAUAGUAAUUUUUAGCUAUAUAUCUGAAUAUGCUCUUAUCCAGAUAAAGAUAUAUAGCUAGAAAGUUGUUAUAUUUGGGGAGUAGUACAAUUUUCGACCAACAGAGACAUUGGUGCAUUGCUUGGACCCAUAUAAUUAGGAUGAGUCAGAGACAUUGGUGCAUUGCUUGGACCCAUAUAAUUAGGAUGAGUCACAUUGUUUACGAUCGAUGGGUAGCAGAUAGGGAUGGAAGGAGAAUCAAGAUCUAACAAGUCAAUGGGGUAGGAGAUAGGUAUGGAAGGAGAAUUGAGAUCUAACAGCUUACAGCUAGUGGGAGAGGAAUGGAGACAACUCCGCUGUUAAGAGACGAGAACUAGCGACACAUCCCUAAUCUUACUAAAAACAUGUUAAAAGUCUACUUACAUGUGCAUAAUAUUCGUAUGCAUGAAGAUUUGAACCUUGGUGGGUGAAGUCAUGCACCCACGACUCUACCCGCCGGUGCUUCCACUUGGUGGGAUAGUUUUUGCUAUUCUAAGAUCCUCAAUACAAUGUUUUUAAAAAAAUCCUGAGUACCAUGAACUUUAGAAAGCAAAUCCUUCAUAUUUGCCUUAAAAAAUAUGAUCCCUUAUUCACUGCCUCAGAUUUCAAGGAAGGAGACAUUGAGGUAAAUAAUUAGAUAAAAUUUCAGGAUAUUUUUCCUUAAAAUUUGUGCCAGUGAAUAGACAAUAUCCCCUACGGUAAUUUGAGACUAAUGAAGAGGAGUAAUUUCCUCUUACCAAAACUGAAGCUCCAAAGAUGUGGGAGAUGAUAAUACAUGGAAAAUAUAUCGAAGUCACAUGAGGUUCUGGAGGUAGGAUUGACUUUGCUUAAUCAUGCUUAACUUUAAAAAGAGCUGUUUGAUGCUCUCAUAUCCCAAGAUCAAUUUACACCUUCACCUCUCGUGGGCAUGCCAAUUAGCAUAGACUUAACCAUUGUUUAGGAUGAAUAGAAAAAUACUACCUCUAUUUUUAUAAAGAUGAUGCCAUUGACUUUCAGUGUAACGUUUAACCAUUCGUUUUAUUUCAAAUUCUAGUGUAAAUAUGAAAAAAAAGUUAUUUUAAAGUUAUGUUAAUGAUAAAAGAAGCCACAAAAAAAUAAAUGAUACUUAUAUAGUUUUUAGUAAGAAAAUGGUCAAACGCCAUGCCAAAAGUUAAUGGCGUUAUCUAUUGAACAACAGAGUUAAUAUAAAGCUAAAACUCGUUGAGUCAAAGAUAAUGUUUAAGAAAGGAACUCUUAGUAUUCACAAAUUCAACAGAGACAGUUUAUAUUGCCGCAGCUUUGCUAUCUGCAAAUUUCAGAUCCAGAAAUAUGUAACUCAACAGAGCAAUAUGUGUUUCGAUCAGAGAUCUGUUUGACUUACGAAAAAAGAAACUAUUCCUAGCAUUUAAGACGAUGGGGAGACGUUGAUAAUGGAUACCAGGUUCCAGUUUAAGCUGACAUGUCAGUUCUUCAGCAGUUACUUCGGAAAUAACAGAAAACAAUAAACAUGCAGUUCAAUAGUGUCAGUGGCACAAAACAGGGCAUCAUUCCUCCAUAGUCCUUAAUAUAUGAGUUGAAUUGAUCUUUGGAGAUUUUAAGGACAAAAAUAUUCACUAAAGAAGCAUUUUACUUGGUGUCCUAAGAAGACUCCAACCAAUAUUGUAAGCCAUGGACAGCUAUGAUCAGACCAUGCUUUGCCAUUCUUAAUUCUAAUUGUAUACUUUUAGAUCAAUCUAAUGAGCUGUAAUGAAGGACAGCUAAGAAACUUUACAUUGAUACUAAGUUUCACAUGUUGUUCUGAAACGAACUGCUUGAUAUCCAUGUCCGUUGCUCUCACAUUAGCAUAAUGUACAUCAGAAGUAGAAUCCUACCAGAUUUUUUUUUUUUGUAAUUCUUAUCAAAAUAAAUUCAUACUUAAGAGAGGGAGAUCAUGGAAAACAACGAUUGCUGAAUAUCAUUUAAUCAUGUAUGAAUUAUUUCAACUAGUUAUUUUUUCAAGAUUAUUAGUAAGUACUAACAAGGAGAAAAAGACAUAAUUUGCUAGACAUGAUUGAUUAGUUUUGGAAAUAGUAUCAUUUACGACAUCAAAAUGUGGAGAUUAUUCUAGUUCCACAAACUAAUAACUAGAUUGUAGAUGUAAAACAUGCCAAACCUUCAGUUACUAAAUGAAAUAAACUGCAUGGGCCAGAUAUGUAACAAGAAGCAGUCCAUGUGAUGUAAUAAUUUUAGUAACUAAAUUGGCAGAAAACAUUAUGGAACUACUACAUGCAACAGGUUUGCAAGUCCCAGCUCCCAAAGGUCAACCAAAUUUACUGAAAAUGAAAGCAUCACAAGAGAAUGAUAGGGGUUGAAAUCAUCAGUGGGGUCAAUAAGUCAAGAGGGUUGGUGUAACUUGUAAGGCUAUGUAUUUAGUGCUCUAGAUUAGGUUAGUGAAAAUACAAUUCUAAGCUACUAGAGAAGAGACAGAGAAGACCAGUAUUUCUUCCAGAGCUUACCAUGAAAUCACACUCCAGUCUCUCUCCAAGCUUCAGAACCAGACAUCUCUCCUCUUCUGUGCAAUGAGGUCUUCUAACUUUAGUGGUUGAAUUUUGGCAGUCUCCAUGCCUUCUUCACAAGAUUAUAUAUACAUCAGUUUCACCGGUCAAACACAAUCACAAUGGGCUGCUUCUUCUACUCAAGAGAGAAGAACAAGAAUAAGAACAAGAAGCAAUCAAGGUCAUCCCCUACACUAACCGUAGACAAAGAUGACUUCAGAGAUGAAAUGUCCAAGAAGGCCAACAGAUCAUGCAGCCUGGUUGUUGCUUCAUCACCACGGAGCAUACUGGAGCUAUACGAGGAGCGUGCGCAUGAGCUCCGUGAUUUUCGCCUUGCCGAGCUGAGAAGUGCUACCGGUAACUUCAGUAGAGAGCUCAAGAUAGGGGAAGGAGGGUUUGGGAGUGUGUACAAGGGCUUCCUAAAAACUUCUUGCGGUCAUUUGGGGCUCAGGAAUGACAGUGGCAAUGUGGUGGUGGCUGUCAAGAAGCUCAAUCCUAAUGGAAUGCAGGGUCAUAAGCAGUGGCUGGCUGAAGUUCAGUUCCUUGCUGUUGUGGAUCACCCAAAUCUUGUCAAACUCAUUGGCUACUGCGGGACUGACGACGGCGAACAAGGUCCUCAGAGACUUCUUGUGUAUGAGUUUAUGCCUAACAAGACCCUAGAAUAUCACUUGUUCAAUAAAGCAUACCCAACACUUCCAUGGAAAACAAGGCUUAGCAUAGCCUUGGGCGUUGCUAAGGGGCUGCAGUACUUGCAUGAAGGGUUGGAAAUUCAGGUCAUAUAUCGCGACUUAAAAUCAUCAAACGUGCUGUUAGAUGAGGAAUUCAGACCAAAACUUUCAGAUUUUGGAUUAGCAAGGGAGGGCCCAGUGGAUGGACAAACUCACGUGUCCACAGCGGUGAUGGGCACGUACGGGUACGCGGCGCCGGACUACGUGGAGACGGGCCGCCUCACGGCGAGGAGCGACGUCUGGAGCUUCGGCGUCGUGCUGCUCGAGCUCCUCACCGGCCACCGCGCCUUCGACCGGAGCCGGCCACGCCCCGACCAGAAGCUCGUCGACUGGGCGCGCCGCCACCCCGCGGGCACCCGGUGGUUCUCGAGGCUCCCCGACCCGCGACUCGCGGGGAGGUACUCGCACCGCGCCGCGCAGGACGUCGCGGCGCUCGCGUGGAGGUGCCUCGCCGACCGCGCCGGGGAGCGCCCGUCCAUGGCGGAGGCGGCGCGGGCCCUGGAGCGCGCGGCGCGGCACGGCGAGCUGGAUGGUCCCCCCGAGCCGCCGGAGGAGGGAUCGCCCCCGCCUCCUCGCUGCCACGCCGGCUCCGGUUCCUCCUCCCCGGAGGCGAAGAAGGCAGCGACGGCGAAGCGGCGGCGAAUGGCGCACCUGGCCAAGCUGGCGGCUGGCGCGAGCGCGGCGCCGGCGGCGCGGAGGCUGGUGCACAUGAAGAUGACGAAGGCAGCAGCUACAUGCAACGCAGGCACGCAGCAUGGUGAGACUUGAGACCUCCCUGUGUUCAAAGUUCAAACGCACUACUAUUCUAUCAUGUAAUCUACUCCUCCUAUUCUAUAUUACUUCCUCCGUUUCACAAUGUAAAUCAUUCUAACAUUUUUCACAUUCAUAUUGAUGUGCUAGAAUUUCUCACGUUCAUAUUGAUGUGAAACGGAGGGAGGAUAAGUUAUUUGAUUUUCUUUUGUUAAAUUUCUUUAAAUUUGAUCAAUUUAUAAAAAAAAUAUAGUAGUA